UUUUUUCAUAUUCGUCAACAAACUGAUAGCCGGGCUUUGUUUUGCCUUUUCACCUUUUCACGUGCGUUCGAGAUAUCAAAAAACUAAAAAUUUCUGCGCGAUAAUUGCAGUCAAGUAAUUGUUUCAUAUUACCAGAUAUCUAACAAGAAUGUCAGCAGCCAGACGUGUGCAGCAAUGGGCAACUUUUGCCAGAACUUGGCACGUCUACGAUUGCACUUGGCAGAAUCCAUUCGAAUCAGCCUCGCUGAUCCGGAAACAUUUGAUGGGGCUGCAUAAACCAAUCUACCAUCCUAUGAACGAUUGUGGAGAUCACGUUGUAGUUAUCAACACGGCUGAGAUCGCCUUACCUGGAGACGAGUGGAAAAAACGAGUAUAUUUUCAUCACACCGGUUAUCCCGGCGGUGCCAGCUGGACACUUGCAUGGGAGUUGCACGAAAAAGACCCAACCCAAAUAAUGAAAAAGGCCGUGUAUCGAUCAAUGCACGGGAAUCUUCAGCGCCGCCACACGAUGCAACGGUUACAUCUCUUCAAAGAUGAUCAGGUCCCAAAGGAAAUUCUGGAGAACAUCACUAAUCAGAUUAGACAACCAAGACGAGUGCCACAGCGGUUGGAUCAGAUGGAUCCCGAUCUGCUGGAAAAUUUCCCCAAGAUCAUGGACUAUCCCAAGGAUUACAUUCUUCGAUAGAUCAAUGACUGAGGCUGUGUCAGGUAAGUAACGCUAGUUUAUUGGAACUUCCUAUAUAAAAAAUGGCUAAUUUAUGCCGAACAAA